UUAUCUAACCCAACCUCUCCCUAAAAGCCCUCCCCUUUAUAUGAUCACAAACACUCUCCAUUCCAUCUCAGAUCAAAAUCAACAGAGAUUCAACAUUUCGCAAGAGGGCACACGCGCAGAAAUGGCGUCCUCCUCCCUCUGCGCCCUCCUCCUCGCCGCCUUCGCGUGCCACUGCCAUGCGGCGGCGGCGUACAGGCGGCCCCACGCCAUCGGCGUCAACUACGGGAACCUGGGCGACGACCUCCCCACGGCGGCGCGUUCCGUCAAGCUCCUCCGCAAGGCGCACGCGGGCGCCGUCAAGCUCUACAACGCCGACCAGCGCAUCCUGCACGCCCUGGCCGGGACGGGCAUCCCGGUCUCCGUCAUGGUGCCGAACGACAUCGUCCCCUCUCUGGCCGACUCCCGCGCCGCCGCACGCGAGUGGGUGGACAACAACAUCAAGCGGCACCCCCGGGUGCGGGUGAUGUACCUGCUCGUCGGCAACGAGUUGCUCUCCUACCCCGCCCUCGCGGCGUCCACGUGGGGCAAGAUCGUGCCGGCCAUGAAGAACCUCCGCCACGCGCUCCACGCGAUCGGUCGCGGCCGCGUCAAGCUCGGAACCCCGCUCGCCAUGGACGCGCUGGCGGCGUCCUACCCGCCCUCCGCCGGCGCGUUCCGCGAGGACAUCGCCGGCCCCGUCAUGCGGCCGCUGCUCGACUUCCUCAACAACAUCAUGCGGCCGCUGCUCGACUCCCGCGCCGCCGCACGCGAGUGGGUGGACAACAACAUCAAGCGGCACCCCCGGGUGCGGGUGAUGUACCUGCUCGUCGGCAACGAGUUGCUCUCCUACCCCGCCCUCGCGGCGUCCACGUGGGGCAAGAUCGUGCCGGCCAUGAAGAACCUCCGCCACGCGCUCCACGCGAUCGGUCGCGGCCGCGUCAAGCUCGGAACCCCGCUCGCCAUGGACGCGCUGGCGGCGUCCUACCCGCCCUCCGCCGGCGCGUUCCGCGAGGACAUCGCCGGCCCCGUCAUGCGGCCGCUGCUCGACUUCCUCAACCACACCCGUUCCUACUACUUCGUCGACGCGUACCCGUACUUCCCUUGGGCGGCCAACCAGAAGGACAUCUCGCUGGACUACGCGCUUUUCGAGGGCAAUGCGAGCAGCCACUACGUCGACCCGGCCACGCGGCUCACCUACACCAACCUGCUCGACCAAAUGCUCGACGCCUGCAUAGCCGCGAUGGACAAGCUAGGGUACGGCGGCGUGAAGCUGGCCAUCUCGGAGACAGGCUGGCCGAACGCCGGCGACCCAGGCCAGGCCGGCGCCAACGUGCGCAACGCCGCGCUCUACAACCGCCACCUCGCCCGUCGGAUGCACAAGAAACUCGGCACGCCAGCGCGACCGAGGUCCAACAUGCCGGUGUUCGUCUUCGCGCUGUACAACGAGGACUUGAAGCCGGGGGCGGGCACUGAGCGGCACUGGGGGAUGUUCUACCCGAACGGUACCUGGGUGUACCAGGUUGACCUCACCGGCAGGCGGACGGUGCGCUCCUACCCGCCGUUGCCGCCGCCGGAUGGCCAGACCGGCAAGCUCGAGUGGUGCGUCCUGGCCGGCGGCGGCAAGCCGUUGAACGAGACGGCGGUGGCCCUCGCCCUGAAUUACGCGUGCGGGCAAGGGACGGGGACGUGCGCCGCCAUCCAGCCCGGCGGUGCGUGCUACGAGCCCAACACCCUCGACGCGCAUGCAAGCUACGCGAUCAAUGCGUACUGGCAGCAGUUCAAGGCGAAGGGAGGCAGUUGUUACUUCAAUGGCCUUGCAGUGAAGACUAACAAAGAUCCAAGCUAUUUAUCAUGCAAGUUCCCCAGCUAUUAGAACUGGUCGAAGAAUGAGAUGAUUGUCGAUCCACGCUUUUCAAGAGUAGGAAAGAAGGCCAUUGCCGCAAUGCCCUUUUAGUCCGUAGGCAGUCAGCACUUUUCUCCCAGCUUCAGUGAUGUCUAUUACGUUGUCUUUAGUUCUAAAAAAUUUGUCGCAUGUGUGACACUUAUAAUUUUGAAAGAAUUUUAUAGGAAAUUUGGAGGAUUAUGAUUCGUAGUAUUAUCACUUCAAGUUGGUUACUCGAUUA